AUGAAACACGCACACGUGCACACGUGUCCUCACGUUCAUUUGGACCGUGAAGAACACGAACAUUAUUAUAGAGUCAUACUUAAAGUAAACGAGCCCUAUAGAGAAGAAUAUCAGGAUCGUAGCAGUCCGGAAUAUCAAUCCCUGCAAAGAUCGAUUGUGGAUGCCAUAGAAGAACUUUAUCAAUCGUUAGACGGACGUCAAAGUGUUAAUCUCUUUGUUUGUUUGUUUGUUUGUUUAAUAAAUUUCAAAUUGGGAGAUUUGAUUUCCGUAGCGAACGCAAAUGGUGGAUCAUCGAACCGUUCUCGUUAA